CAGGGUCCGGCUCAGUCGGCGCUGGCAGUUGGGGGCGCGCGACGGCUGGUGUGGGGGGAGGGGGUUGUUGUGCGCGAGCCGCCGAUGCCUCCGCCGUGAGAUGGCAUCAUUCUGUGCGGCGGAGGGGUGAGGAGCCUCGGCGGAGAGGGGCAGCGGCGGCUUUCGGGCCACGUUAACCCACCAACAUUCACAAAUGAUGGUGGGUAGCUGAGAGCAACCCAAGAUCGAGACCCCUGCCAUGAACGGUGGUGGUGGUGGUGGGAAGUCAGCAGGGGACUCGAAUCUUGCUGCGAGCUAGGAACUAUUUGACAUUCUGUGGGAGUCUAGCCAGAUGAGCCUACUGACGAAAGGGAAGGGAAUUCAGGCUAAAGCUUUAGCUUCUGACAUGGCCACAGCCUCACCAAGAUCUGAUACCAGUAACAACCAUAAUGGAAGAUUACAGAUGCAAGUAACUAUUUCUAGUGCCAAACUGAAAAGGAAAAAGAACUGGUUUGGAACAGCCAUUUAUACAGAAUUAGCUGCAGAUGGAGAAAUCAAGAAAACAGCAAAAUCAAAUAGUUCUUCAAAUCCAAAAUGGGAUGAACAGUUAACUGUGAAUGUGACUCCACAGACUACGUUGGAAUUUCGAGUGUGGAGCCAUCACACUUUAAAAGCUGAUGUUUUAUUAGGAAGAGCCACUGUAGACUUGAGACAAGCUUUGGAAAUACACAAUAGAAAAUUGGAGGGGGUGAAAGAACAAUUGAAACUCUCCUUAGAAAACAAGAGUGGCAUGGUGCAAACAGGUGAACUGACAGUUGUGCUUGAUGGUUUGGUUGUUGAACAAGAAUCUCUUACAAACCGCAGUUCAGCAGCAGCCAUAGAAGUCCAGCAAAAUGGUGAUGCUAUACAUGAAAACAGAGAAAUUUUGGCAAGAACUACAUCCAGAUCUACCUGUGACAUGUCUAAUGGAAUAGACAAUCAAACUCCUUUAAACUCUGUAAUACAGAAUGCAUUCUGUAUACAUGCUGUUAAUGGAGACAGCACUUCAUCUCCUUCUCAUGUUGCAGUCAGUCCCAAAAUUACACCAGUACCAAAACCACUUUCAACCCAGCCUGCCAACAACACUGAUGGGAACAGAGAAAGGAUCCUCAUGGUAGAACCUAUUAUGUUGAUCACAACACACGAACUACGACAUGGGAAAGACCACAGCCUUUACCGCCAGGCUGGGAAAGAAGGGUUGAUGAUCGUGGAAGAGUUUACUAUGUGGAUCAUAACACAAGAACAACAACAUGGCAGCGACCAACCAUGGAAUCGGUCAGAAACUUCGAGCAGUGGCAGUCUCAACGUAACCAACUACAGGGAGCUAUGCAACAAUUCAACCAACGAUACCUCUAUUCGGCUUCAAUGUUGUCAGCAGAAAAUGAUCCACUUGGGCCUUUACCACCAGGCUGGGAAAGGAGAGUGGAUUCAAAUGAUAGGGUGUACUUUGUGAAUCACAACACCAAGACAACACAGUGGGAAGACCCCCGAACUCAAGGUUUACAAAAUGAGGACCCACUUCCUGAGGGCUGGGAAAUCAGAUACACUAGAGAAGGUGUCAGAUAUUUUGUUGAUCAUAACACAAGGACAACAACCUUCAAUGAUCCUCGAACUGGAAAAUCCUCUGUAAAUAAAGGCCCACAAAUUGCUUAUGAACGUAGCUUUAGAUGGAAACUUGCUCAUUUCCGUUACUUGUGUCAGUCAAAUGCGUUGCCGAGCCAUGUGAAGAUUAAUGUAUCCAGACAGACACUGUUUGAGGAUUCCUUCCAACAAAUCAUGGCUUUAAAACCUUAUGAUUUAAGGAGGCGAUUAUAUGUUAUAUUCAGAGGUGAAGAAGGAUUGGAUUAUGGUGGUUUGGCAAGAGAAUGGUUUUUCUUACUUUCCCAUGAAGUUCUAAACCCUAUGUACUGUCUAUUUGAGUAUGCUGGCAAGAGCAACUAUUGUCUGCAGAUAAAUCCAGCAUCAACAAUUAAUCCAGAUCAUCUUUCAUAUUUCUGUUUCAUUGGGCGCUUUAUUGCUAUGGCAUUGUUUCAUGGCAAAUUUAUUGACACGGGUUUUUCUCUGCCAUUCUACAAGCGCAUGCUAAGUAAGAAACUUACUAUUAAAGAUUUGGAAUCUAUUGAUACUGAAUUUUAUAAUUCCCUAAUUUGGAUAAGGGACAACAACAUUGAAGAGUGUAAUUUAGAAAUGUACUUUUGUGUUGACAUGGAACUUUUGGGAAAAGUUACUUCUCAUGAACUGAAAUCAGGAGGCUCAAAUAUCUUGGUAACUGAGGACAACAAAGAAGAAUACAUUGGCCUAAUGGCAGAAUGGCGUUUUUCUCGGGGAGUAAGAGAACAAACCAAAGCUUUCCUUGAUGGUUUUAAUGAAGUUGUUCCCCUUCAGUGGCUACAGUAUUUUGAUGAAAAGGAGUUGGAGGUUAUGCUCUGUGGCAUGCAAGAGGUUGAUUUAGCAGAUUGGCAAAGGAACACCGUUUAUCGUCAUUAUACAAGAACUAGCAAGCAGAUCGUAUGGUUCUGGCAGUUUGUAAAAGACACAGACAAUGAGGUUCGCAUGCGACUGCUGCAAUUUGUCACUGGUACUUGUCGGUUACCACUGGGAGGUUUUGCUGAGCUCAUGGGAAGUAACGGUCCUCAGAAAUUCUGCAUUGAAAAAGUUGGCAAGGAAACCUGGUUACCGAGAAGUCAUACUUGUUUUAAUCGUUUGGAUCUGCCUCCAUAUAAAAGCUAUGAACAGCUGAAAGAGAAGCUGCUCUUCGCAAUUGAAGAAACAGAGGGAUUUGGUCAAGAGUAGAAGUGACUUCUUGUCAAAGAGGAUAUAUUGCAUUAUUAAAAUGCCCAGCCAACUAAAAUUGCACACUUAGUUGUAUAUAAGCUGUUUGUUCUGUACAGUUAUGUUUCUGGAACUCUAAAGUAUAUAUGUUCUCCGUUCUUCCACAGAGAUAUGCAAAACAGUUUAGCUGUGUCUAGUUUAUUUAUUGCCCCUUCAAAAGACUGACCAGGAAAAAACAAACAAACCAUAAAUUCUGAAAGCAGACAAAUGACUUUAUUUAUAUAUAUAUAAAAAUAUAUAUAUAUACACAGACACUCUCUCUCCCCCUUCCCCCCACUCCCCACCCCCCAUAGUGGGCUCUAGUUUUAUAGAGCUAUAAGUGUAUGAAACAUAGCAGUCAUUCUAAAGGACCUGGGGAUUUGCUUUAUCUUGGCUUUAUUAUACAGAAAAAUGUGCAAAUUGCUCUGUCUUCUCACCUUAUGCAACAUCUCCAAGAUUGUUUUAUUGCAUGGCUGUUCUAAAAGGUGUUAAAAGCUUAGGCCAAAUGUAUCCUAAGUAUGUAGAAAAAUGCUGCUGGCUUUUUGAGAUGACAGAAUGCCAAAUUCUGUCAGUUCAGGUUUUUUUUUUAAAUACUUACAAUAUCCUCACUACUACAUUGAUGUAGCCAAGGUCAUGAAUAACACCUUGAUUACUUGCACAAGAGUCAUGUACAGUAAGAUGAAUGUGAUUAAUGUUAAAAGCGAUUGGUGCCACUAUUCUGACUUAUUGUAGGAACUGAACAGAAUAUUUUAAUUCAUGAGCAGCAUUGAAAUUUGUUUACAUAAUAACUUGGAUUAUUACCAAGAGGAUGUUGGGUAAUCUUUAAAGAAUAAAAGAGAAACUCUAACACAUUCUCUCUUGGUCUGGUGUCUUACAGGUUUUUUUUUUUUUUUUUGUUACAUCUGUGUAUUUUAAAAUUUCACAAGAUAAACUAAUGUAAUUUGAGAUUUAAGAAUACAUGAAAGGUAAUGUGAAUUUUUGCUGCUUUUAUGUUCAUGUUCAGUUUUGGUUAUGGAUCUAGAGAACCCAAAUGGAACGACAGUUACAUAAGCUUUGCACAUUAAACUAAUAAUUUUCUAUUAGUAUUAAAUAUUUUCAUCCCCUUUAAGUUCAUGUAAAAAUUCAGGUGUACCUGAAUUAAAUAAGUAUACCUAGAUCUUGUCAUUCUUUUUCAUAGGCAGAGUUUUGGGUUUUUUUGUUCUAAAUGCACAAGAAUAUAAAAUCUUUUUUUUUUCAGUAUUGAGGGCAUUUUCUGAACUGCAAAGAUGUAACAAAUUAUAGAAUCUUAUUGAUGUGAAUUAUAUUAAAUGCUACUUUUAGCAAACUGUGCUUCCUUAUUAUAGAGUAAGAACAUUUUAAAAAUUACCAUUUGUACCAUGCUUUCAGUAUUCACUGUAAAUUCCAUUAAAUUUAACUUAUACAAAAUUUUGUACACACAUAAAACUGAUUUCUUAGAAUGUGAUUAAAACAUUUCUGUAACAUAUCUAUCGUAUUGCACUGUUAAAAGCAUAAAUGCCGAAAAAUAUUGCUAUAUCUGUUCUUGUAUGUUAUCAAUAUAGCAAUUGAAUUCUACCAAAAUUUUAUUUUUCUAUAUAUUGGAUUGUGUUAUGCUUUGUUAUUCAAAAUGCACAAUUUACUGGGGAACUGUUAACUUGUAAAUGGCUUUGAUAAAAGCUGUGAUCUGAUUGGCUCAAUGUACUUCUAUCAUAUAUUAUUUACUACUCCUACAUGCACCAGGACUUUUCAUCACUUAAGUUACUCUGCCACUCUACACAAAGAAACAUGAACUAUUUUCAUGAAUUAUGUGGUACGUUAAUAAAUCAAAGGUUUGAGUUCACCCAAA